CUCCACUCGUGUCAGCUUGGUGCAUAUGACAUGUCAUGGUUGCCGGCUGCCUUCUUUGCAGCGUGCGCUGCUGCAGUGGAAUGGAGAUGGAGGCCUUUCGGCGCUCCGCAGCCUUGGGAUGGUGAUAGCUUCACUCCGCUUUCAAGGCCGGCUCUCUUUUGCUCGAAUUCGUCUGAUCAUCUCAGUGCACACUGGCAAGCACGUUCCGUCAUCUUCAUCGGAUUGCAUUCUAUUCUCAUACCUGAAGGACACGGUGGUGUCCCAUUUCUGCGCGUGACAUUUGCCAACGUGGCCAAGAGGCCACCCCUUUUGGUUGAGCUUCGCCGUGCCAGUUUUUCCCUGCUGCAACAGAGCUGCCACGGGUAUCUCGAUUCUCGAGCCACUUCGCGCUUCUUCCACUCCGACCUUCUCACUGCACGCUCACGAAGAGCUCUACCACUCGCUGCCAAUUUGACGUUCCCGAUUGCCUCAUACUCUUGCAACAAUGCCCAACUCUCCGCAGGCCGAUAGCACCGAGCCCGAGACCGCUGCGAUCACCGACCCGACCGAGCCACCAAGCUGCUUUGCCUGCGAAAGCACCACGAAGAGAGUAUGGACUUGCAUCCAGUGCGGUUUCAACUUCUGCGAUGAUUGCUGGGGAAAAGAACGUCCUCACAAGCCCCGCGUUAUGGGCAUCGGCGGCCGUCCCCACGAAAAGGUCAGUCUUGGGUGUGGCCAAGCGCCUCGAAUAUAUCUUCCGCAACAAGGAGGUUGAGGACCUAGACGGAAGAGUUUGCCAUAGAUGCGAAGAACAAGUGGUUCGGCAUAGAUCAGGGUAGCGAUGGGUUGACGUUCAACUACAGAGAUCGCUUGACCGACUUCAGCAUACUGGAGAGUAACGACCACAAUACCGCUGAUCACUUCCCACAUCUGGUUUCAUUUGUUGGCAAGACCGGUACGUCCUCAUUAUCAAAGACAGUAUGGAUCGAGCUACCUACUGAUACUUGAUCCUAAAUACCCAUCUAGGCGCGGUUAAAACUGCUUGUGAAGGGUGUGGGCUAGACAGACAGUUUGGUGGUAUAUUUGCAUGGGAGAGCCUUUGGUUGCCAGUGCCUUGAUGUGAAUGUGCUGGAUAGCAGGAGGCCAGAUACAUAAUUUGAAGUUUCUUACCUGAGUCUUAUGUUCAAUCCAGGUACAUCAACACCCUAGGAUCACUUGCACUUAUUUUAUCCCAGC